AUGACAGACGGCCCCGGUGUCUCUACUUUCUCUGCGUCGGGGGAGGACGCGAUAACCCGCACCAUCGAGUUGAAUAUAGAUGCAUCUACGGAAUCGGACAUAGCCCCGUCUGACUUCCUUGAAAUUUACGCGAUAGAACGAACAGUAACUGCGAUCGUUGAAGGGAACUUCAAACGAACAGCACUCCAAUUUCCUGAUGAACUUUUGUGUCAUUCUGUCCCAAUCUACCGUUUACUCAAGAGUAAGGCAGGCGAGGGUCAUGAUAUCUACGUCUUAGCCGACACUUCCUACGGAAGCUGCUGUGUUGACGAGGUUGCGGCACAACACGUCGAUGCAGAUCUAAUCGUCCAUUACGGUCACGCUUGUUUAAGCCAACCUUCCAGGUUGCCCGUAAUUUAUGUCUUUGGAAAGAAGCCUAUUGAUGUUGACGAUUGCAUCAAUCAACUCGGCGAAUGUUUAACCAUUAAAUUACAGCAAGAUACAAACAGUGAUAGUAAUAGUCGACCAACCAUUUUACUUCGUUAUGACGUAGGAUAUUCAUACCGGGCAGACGUAAUUGCCCACAGGUUGCAGAGUAGACUGCAGUCCUUGAAUACUAGGGUCUUGCACCACCCACUGCCAACUCGACUCGAUCCUAAGACCACCACGCAAAAUCCCCAGACCCUCGAGCAGACUGGUGCAGAGAUCGACGAAGAUAGCUGCACGAAUGUUAUCAUCGCGUAUAUCGGUGGCGAAAGCCUCAAUCUUACGAAUCUAUUAAUGACACACUCUCAAUGCGAGGCAUAUGCAUACGACCCUUCUACGAGAUCAGCUCGCCUGCAAUCGCAUAGGACCAAUAAGCUGUUGAUGCGGCGCUUCGCGAUGGUCCAGAGAGCACGAGACGCAGACGUCUUUGGCAUUCUCGUCGGCACGUUAGGAGUCACAUCGUAUUUACCUCUCAUAGCCCACGUCAGAAAGCUUCUAGCCCGCGCGCAGAAGAAAAGCUACACCAUCAGUGUUGGCAAGCUGAAUCCUGCAAAGCUCGCGAAUUUCAUGGAGAUCGAGUGUUUCAUAUUGAUCGCAUGCCCUGAAAAUAGUGUGAUAGAUGCUAAGGAGUUUUUAAGACCGAUCGUUACCCCUUUUGAACUUGAGGUCGCGCUUCAAGCUGAAGGCACUUGGAGUGGACGAUAUGUACUGGAUUUUGGGAAACUACUUGCCGGAGACUCCGACACAGAUCUAGGUGCUAUCGAUGAAGACAAUGGGGACGAUCCAGAUCAACCGACCUUCUCGUUGGUUACUGGAAAAUACCGACAAGCAAAACGCUACGGCACUCAAGACAAUGAGAUGCCAAUGCAGGGGACGUCAGCUGCUCUUACUCUUCGGAACCAAGAUGGUGCUGUCUCUAAAUUAGCUGACAGCGCGGCAGCACUGUUUCUUCACUCCCGCUCCUAUCAAGGGCUAGAGACCAAAAUUGGAGAAGAUCUUCCUUCUGUCCUGGAACAAGGUCGCAGUGGUAUCGCUCGUGGUUAUUCUGACGAUCAUGCAUGAAUAUAUC